UGUACAAAUGAUCCUCUCCUAUCGACAGAGGUCGUCACUCCUCUUCCCCAUAUCCCCGGCUUGUGGGAAAUAAAAGUUCAGAGAAAAGAAAAGAAGUGGUUUGUUGAUUCUCUGAAGCAUCGUGUGCUUCAGAGAAGCAGGUCUCACCGAGCUGUUAGUGGUUAACAGCCGAGCUGCAGUCCAGGCGGGGCAGAGCUGCAAGCCAGAGCCACCUGGGUCCCUGUUGUUCACAAACACCGGAUUAAGUCUCUGAAAUUGAAGAGAACGAAGAACUUGUACCAGUAAUGGACAGUGUUCUGGAUAAUCUCUCAAAAACUGAAUCUGUUAGCGUUUGUGUUCAAGAUCCUAGACUCCACAAAGUUGACCCUUGGCACACUCAUGUCGACUACGAGAUCUGUUUACAAACCAACAGCAUGUGUUUUCGAAAGAACACUUCCUCUGUGAGACGGCGUUACAGUGAUUUUGUUUGGCUGCGUCACUGUCUGAAGGGGAAUGCUCUGAUCAUAGAAUUGCCCAAGUUGCCACCCUGGAAUCCCUUCUUUAGUUUGAAGAACAAAGAGCAAGUAUCCAAAAGAAUGAAGGGCCUGCAGGAGUUUCUAGAAAAUGUUUUUCAGAGUCCCUUAUUGUUAUCAGAUAGUCGGCUCCAUCUUUUCCUCCAGUCAGAACUCAGUAUCAGAAGGAUUGAAAGGUGUGCUCUUGGUAAGACCAGGUUCACUGUAGCUGAAGCUAUUCAACAGUCCAGAAGCAGUUACAGCAGUUCAGAGGACAAGAGUUCUUCUGACUCGGACUGUGAGAGCUAAAAGAAAAUUCCCUGACUCAUCAAGAGAUGGAUGCCACGUCAAGAUAUGGAUUCCACUCCAGCAGAACCGCAUGUUCUCAAAUUAAGAGAAGUUUCCCUUUAGUUGGCAAAUCAUUGGAUGUGUGAAAUUGUCCCAAAAGAAUCUUGGUAUGCUGAAGCGUUAGGAGUUCCUUUCAGUGGAAUUAAGAGACUAAGUCUAACCCCUGACAAACAGUUUUGCAACAUAAACCCAGCUGGAAGAAAUUUUAUGACUACAAUUUUACUGAGCUCCUCAAAGUGACCCAUUCUUUCACAAAUAUUUAUAGCAAAAGUGUGCAUGUAGCAUUGAAAGUGACUGAAACGACUUUCUUCGAUGAUAUGAAUUGGCGAGUAACUACUUUUGGCAAUAAAGUCUUGCAGAUAUUCUUUGACUUAUAGAGGUCACCGCACAUCUUACCUUACUUUAAGUGGCAUGUUCUCUUCUAUUUACAAAUUUAAAACUGUGGGCCAGCGAAAUGACCCUUUGUGUCAUAUUUUAUUUAUACCACAGAGAAACAGGAAGUUAUGAAUUACUAAUGAAAGGUUCCUAGACACUGAUUCAUAAAAAAAUAAAAAAAUAAAAUAAACAGUAAAUUUGUGGUAUUUGCAGCGAUACGGACCACAAUAGUUGAAGGCUAUGAAUAUUUUAGAUCUCUAAAAAUCAUGUUUAUUUCCCUGUUCAAACAGUUCAGACACAAAAUACACCUUAAAUGCACAGUGGAAACCAUCUUAGCACUACCACAGAAGGUAACAUCAGACUUCCUUAUCUCCGCUCUUGAGGGUACAGCCAGUAAGAACCAAGGGAAAUAAGUGGCGCUCCUGGAUUGGCUGCUUUGCAAUUGCCAGUCAAUGGUGUGUCAGGUAGCUGAAGUAUUUCAGCUUACCAAUUUGAAUUUUCGUUGAAAUAUUCAAGAUAUGCUCUGGAGAAAAAUUUGCAGUUACAUUUCAUAAAAUAAUUCAACAGAUAUGUGAAUCCUUAAAUACGGAACUGGGAAUUGCUGCAGGGCCACUGUAUAAAUAACAAAAGCAUCCAAUCAAAUGUUAGGAAUGCUAAUAAGUGAGGCACCAGUGAUAUUUUUUGCCCUUUUGCCUCACAGGAAGUAUCUGAUUAAGCUUUUUUUUUUUUUUUUAAGCUGGGUUACAUUAGAUUUCAUCCCUGUACUUGAGCAGUCAUCCUUAGGGCAGAAUCCUGGUCUUUACAACUUAUUCAAGAUGUGCUUCCUCCUGCCAUCGCCUUUUGACUGACUAUCCUUCAGUCCUCAUGUAUUGGUGAUUAUCCCACCACAUAAAUCUCUGCCAUUUUUGCACCAUUCUUAUGAAAUCAUCAUUAUUGUUUUUUUUUUCUUUAGAUCCUGUCAUUUAAACAACAUCUGACAUCAUUUUGUGUAUAAAUGCAUUGUCUAUGAAGCAUAUUUUUAGGUUUACUUUUUCAAUAAAUUGAACAAAUUACACGACUGCAUUGGCACGUAUUCAGAUCAAUCAUCAUCUAUUUGAUUUUUACAG